AUGCUGCCGCCGUCGAGACUGUCGAAUGCGCCUACGAACCCUGAUGCAGCCGUCCGCGGAACGGACAGCGACGCCCUGCUCUCGCGACACUCCGCCGCUUCACUGGGAUACCUCGACGACCCCUUCUCUGCCCUCUUCCUUUCGCCUGCACAGCGAAGAACGCCCGAGCGACGCCCUCCCUUGAUCAACAUUGGGACGCAUGCGCGAACAUGGGCGGUAGACGAGCUGGUGGAGCAGUUUCUCCUUCAGCGGGAGGUGGGGGAUUCAAGUAGCGGACGGGCAAAGGCUUGCCAGGUCCUCUCGCUGGGCGCAGGGACAGAUACGCGCUUUUGGAGGCUGCGGAAGAAGUGGGAGGCGGAAGGGAGGGAGUGGACGUGCAGAAAAUGGGUUGAGGUGGACUUUCCGGAGGCGACGGGGUCGAAGGCGAGGGCUGUGAGCGGCAAGGCGGAGCUCAAGUCGCGGCUAGGAGGUGACGUGAAGAUAGAACAAGGCGGUCUCGGCCUCUCGUCCCCUCUCUACGCCCUCCUUCCCGGCGAUCUGAGACAUCUCGACGCCCUCUCGACCUCCCUACUCUCGCCUCCCGCCUACUCGACCACCUCCGCCUCCAUCGAACCGAUCCUCCUCCCUUCCCUCCCGACUCUCCUCCUCCUCGAAUGCGUCCUCGUCUACCUCCCUCCGCCCGAUACCGACACCAUCUUGCGGUGGUUUGCCUCGAACUUUGCGCCCGGAAGUGCGGUCGUGUCGUAUGAUCCGUUCGGACUUGACGAUUCGUUCGGAAAGGUGAUGCGGAGGAACUUGGCGUUGCGCUCACUUACCCUUCCCGGCGCCGACUCAACACCGACUCUCGCUUCCCUCACCUCUCGACUCCAGAACAACGGCAUCACCGGUUCGACGGGCAGCAUGAGUGUGCGGGAAAUCAGGGACGAGGUAGUGCCGGUCGAAGAGAAGGAACGGGUCAGCAAACUCGAGAACCUCGACGAGGUGGAAGAGCUCAAUCUCGUUCUCGAGCACUACGCGGUGACAUGGGGGAAUGUUGGAGAGGACGGGAGAGGGAUAGGGUCGAAGGGUUGGUAG